AAAAUUCCAAUCCAACGGUCCAUCAUGAGAUAGACAGAUUCUUCAAUGCAUAUUGCAGCACUCCAUCACAUCUCUGAGUGCGAAUCCCCUGCUGUUGAGUGAAGCAUUCCUCGAAAGAUAGUAGAGGAUGAAGAAGAGAGAAAACUGAACUCUUUUGCUGAGAAAACAAUUAGUAGAAGCAGGGUGAUCCUCUUGAAUUUAUGAAAAUUUAAUGGAAAUUCUCGAAUUCGAUCUCUUUUGCACAGAGAGUUGUAUGCACCAAAUCACUGCAAAUUCCAAGUGGAGAGUGGUGGACCAGACUUACAGGGUUAAGAGUCCAUGAGCAAUUAAUUGGCCUUCCUUGGGGGUGAAGGAGAUACUUUAAGCAGAAAUUUGGUAACAGGUGAUAAUGCUGAAAAAGUAGCAAGUUAUGGGUUUGGCACUGGUUAAAAAAGCCUUAAAGGAGAAAAUGCUUCUACUAGUACUCUGGUUGUAUGUGUUGGGAUUGAGAAUACUUCUACCUACGAACCAUGGAUGACAUUGAAUCUCUUGUGAAUACCAUGCUUAUGACACUUUUAUGGCUCUAGGUGUAAUGGGCUAUGGGGAAAAAGCAUUUGUUUGUGCUGCUAUGCUGAAGGACAGGAGAAAAAUGCACAAAGGACCAAAGCUUUCACUGGAUAGCAGAGAAAAUUGAAAGACAUGGGAGGUUGCUGUUGUUGUUGUUCCUCAAGAAGAUCUCAACUGGAUGGGACACCAAUAUGCUAUUAUUGCCCACAAGCUUUGGAAGAACGUGAAUCCUUAACUGUCCAUCAAGGUGCAACUCCUGCACUCUCUACAGGAGUCCUAGUUAAUGCAAACCUACAAACAUCAAGCCCUGAUACUUAUUGUCCGCCUCCUGCACCUCUGCCAUACGAUGUUGAUUUGGGACGUCCGGAAACUCCACCAUCCACUCAAGAAAGUAGUGCCAACAAGAGUGAAUUGCAGACAACAAAUUCGGAGACUGUCCAAGAAAUGUUAAUCAGCAGUGGUGCUGAAACUUUGGUUGCAUGUGAAAGUCUAAAGGAAUCAGAUUGUAAAGGUGAAACCAAGUCUUUGCCUUCAUCUCCAAAGGAGUCGGAUGUUGAACUUUCAAAGUUGAGUGAAGCUAUCAUUUCAGCAACUGAAGAAGAAGACGUUUGCCCCACAUGUCUUGAAGAAUAUGAUGAACAAAAUCCAAGAAUAAUCACAAAGUGCGAACAUCAUUUUCACCUUGCUUGCAUUCUUGAAUGGAUGGAAAGAAGUGAUACCUGCCCUGUGUGUGAUCAGGAAAUGAUAUUCAAUCAUACUGUUAAUGCAUAGUAAGAGCAGCAAUGUGAGGGGAGAAUGAAUUUUUCAGCUGUUUGACACGGAAGUUUACCAGGAAAGGACUGUGGAGGUACAAGGGGUUUCUCUGUUUAUUAGUGAGUCAUUCAGAACUGCAGAUUCAGCUUUAUAUUGGUCAUUGUCAUUUCUAUGGGAGAAUUGUGUCUAUUCCAAAUGCCUCACACUUUUCUUGGUUGUUUUUGAGUAAUCAAAUUUAAGGGACUGACGUAACACAACACAUGGCUCAUUUUCCCCUGUGAUAAUUGUGAGGUUUCUGGUGGGUUGGGCAGAUUAAAAGCAGGAGGAUGAUGCAGAUUGCACAUGCAUUGGAGGGAGCUGUUUGAAGCAUUGUUUUUUGAAGGAAAAAGAAAUGGUAAACUCUGGAUUUUUCUUGUUCACCAUUUGAUUUAGUAGCGUAGUAUCCCCUUUUUGUACAGCAUCUCUUUUAAUCUGCAAAUCCAGGUGCUUGGACGAACUGUUCUUUUGCAUUGGAUCUGUAAAUUGUAUAUGGUUACUGUCUUUCUAUUUUCUUUUUCAUUUUUUCUUUUCUAACUUGGUAUUGUCUGGGGUUUGGUGGGUAUUCGAUCAGUGAAUGAAGUAUAGAAUGAUCAAUAAGAAAAGGUAUUUUUUUUGUUUGAA